AUGGACGACCAUGGCUUUAUCCUUGGCAUCUUGCUGUCGCAUAUUGACCGUGCAGAUCGCCCGUUAUCAGCACGAGUCCAGCCUGAUGUUCCAAAUGAUCCACCGCCUACCAUAAGACGGAAAUGGAUGGAACAGCUGGAGUCUAUACUUGGAGCUCUACAUGAUGGAGGGUUAGUCUGGGGAGAUGCCAAGGCGGAAAACGUCUUGAUUGACCGGGACAACAACGCAUGGAUCACAGAUUUUGGGGGAGGCUACACGGAAGGCUGGGUAGAUAAGGAACUGGCCGAGACUGUGGACGGCGAUUUGAUGGGCAUGGCCAAGAUAAAGCGGCUCCUAUUCGCGUCUGGCUAA